AUGCCAUUUCAGAAGAAAAUCCCAUUAUACCCUCAUGUGGCACCCGCGCCCGGGACGCCACUCGUCGAAAACGAAGUCAACUCGACCCUCUUCUCCCCUCUUCAAGUCCGAGGAUUUACCCUCCAAAACCGCAUCGCCGUCUCUCCCAUGGGAAUGUUCAGUGCCAACGAGGGACAUCUGACUGACUUCCAUCUCGUCCAUUAUGGCUCCUUUGCCACCAGAGGUGCCGCACUCGUCAUUGUUGAAGCUACAGCUGUAGCUCCCAAUGGUCGCGUCUCAACUGGAGAUUCAGGUCUUUGGCAGGAUAGCCAGAUUGCACCUUUAAAGCGGGUAGUUGACUACAUUCAUAGCCAAGGACAGAAGGCGGGUAUUCAGCUCUGCCAUUCUGGUCCCAAGGGUUCCAUGCUUCCGCCGUGGCUUGCUAAAGGCGACCCGAUGGUGCAAUUCCCACUUGCAAAUGAGGAAGCUGGCGGAUGGCCGGAUGAUGUCUGGGCACCGACUGCGAUUUGCCAUGGCCCUGGGUAUCCUAUGCCAAAAGAAAUGGGACACAAGCACAUCGAUCUAGCGAUUGAUCAGUUUGCUAGUGCCGCCAGAAGAGCUGUCGAAGCUGGCGUUGAAGACUUUAUCGAACUCCAUGGCGCACAUGGGUACUUGAUCAACGCCUUCCUGUCCCCUCUCACGAACCAUCGGACAGAUGAAUAUGGGGGCUCUUUCGAGAAUAGGACGCACUUUUUGUUCCGUGUCCUGAAAGCCGUCCGGGAUGCCAUGCCGGACUCCAUCGUUCUCUCGUUGCGGAUUUCAGCCGUUGAGUGGAUGGAGUGGAGUGGCCAAGACUGUUGGACCCUUGAGGAGUCCAUAAAGCUUGCCAAGCUUCUUCCCGAGGCCGGGGUUGACAUUCUUGAUGUCUCAUCUGGCGGCAACCAUAGUGACCAAAAGAUCGACGUUCAUCCGUACUAUCAGGUUGAUCUUGCAUACCAGAUCCGACAAGCCCUCAAAAACGAUGGCAUCGAACUGCUGAUCGCUGCAGUGGGGUUCAUCGAUAACUCUGCCAUGGCUGAGAGUGUCGUUCGUGGUAAUAUUAUUGAGGCAGCACAGAAGAUGAACAGGACAAACGGAGACGCUGACAGGGGAAAGUAUGAAGAGCCUCAGGCUGACUUGGUUAUGGUUGGGAGACAGUUCCUACGCGACGCAGGAUUUGUACUUACAGCUGCCAAGAGUUUGGGCGCGAAAGUCCAGUGGCCCCUCCAGUACUCUAAGGGGAAGUGA